AUGCUGCCCAGACGCCCACUUGCAAAGCUCCUGGUCAACUCAGAACGGACCAGCGAAAAACGCCAUCUGCGAAAAUCGCCCUUUGUAGAACAGCCGCCUCAAAAGCUUCCGUCUCCGCCCACAAAAUGCAAACAGCUACUGCUCGCUGACUUCGAGUUUGGCAAGGUCUUGGGAAAGGGAAAGCUAGGCAAAGUGUACUGUGUCAAGCACCGGGAGCUGGGGCUUGUGUGUGCAAUCAAGGCGAUGAGCAAAAAAGAUUUGGUCAAUUUGAAGCUUGAGAAGAACCUACGAAGGGAGAUCGAGAUCCAGAGAGAUUUGGUCCAUCCCCACGUUUCUCGCCUCUAUGGGUAUUUUUACGACGAUACAAACGUCUACUUGAUUUUGGAGUACGCCUUGUAUGGCGAAGUGUAUCAGCUUCUAAAGACAAGAAGGCGCUUUGACGAAACGACCGCCUCAAAGUACAUAUACCAGGUUUCUUUGGCGCUCCAGUAUUUGCAUUCCCGUCACGUCAUCCACAGAGACAUCAAGCCUGAAAACAUCUUAUUGCUGGAUAUGGGUGACGUGAAGCUCAGCGACUUUGGCUGGUCGGUGAAACUGGACCCGUUCUCCCAGAAGCGGCUCACUGUAUGUGGAACUCUCGACUAUCUCUCUCCUGAAAUGGUGGAAUCCCGCUCGCACGACUUUGCUGUGGAUAUUUGGCUGUUGGGCAUUUUGACAUAUGAAUUUUUGGUUGGAAGACCACCAUUUGAAGAUGACGAUAAGGGAACAACUUACAAAAGAAUCGCAAGGGUCGAUCUACGGAUCCCCAGCUUUGUUAGCGACGAGGCCACAGAUUUUAUACGGCUGCUUCUACAGAAAAACCCACGACACCGGCUUCCUUUAGUUGAAGUUGCCACCCACCCCUGGGUGCAGAAGCAUAAGGCUCACUGGAGCUGA